GGACGACCACCAGUUUCACCCAAGCAGACUAUAAUAAUAUAAGAGUCCAAGUAAAAACCAUUCCUCAAAAAACAUUUCCGAACCCACAGGUAUAACAGUCAGCCUUACUUUGCUUUCAUCUUCGCCAUCAUACUCUGGACAACCCCCCCCCCCAACCGCUGAAGUCAACAAAAAUCUGUCAUCUUCGAAACGAAGAAGCCUAGGAGCACUAUCUAUUCGUUAUGUUCCCACCACACACACCUUCGUCCAGACUCGCACCCUCUAUCUCUCUUCCGCCAAACCAUUUCUUGUCCCUUGCUCCUUCCUUCACCCAGCCUAAUGCCCUUUACCCUUCCGGCGCGCCUUCGACUUCGUCUGCCGCCUCAAAUGGUCUGGCACCCAAUACUGCUUCUCUUGCAUCAGCCGAUUUUGAAGUCGAUGUCCGUACCGGGUUCCUUCCGGCGACGAAGAAUGUAGAACGACUCAGUGGAGAGUAUGAGGUAUGGGAGGAAGCGUUGGACGCGGCCCGAGGCAGCGCAGUGGGUGGCGGAGUGAUGCUGGGUGGCAAACGGGAGAAGGAUCAGUUAUGGCGUGCAGGUGUCGAAUCUUUACCGGUAGUGGCGACGGAUGAUCUUCGGGCAUCACUGCCGCAUCUGCGAAGGGCGCACCUUGUCCUCACGUUCCUCGCCCACUUUUACGUACACACAACCCCUCUCCCCGGCCCUUCAGCCCAGAAAGAGCCCACCUCCAUUCCCCCUUGCAUCUCCAUCCCCCUUCUCGCCGUAUCUCCACUUUUGGGCCUUCCACCUAUCCUCACCUAUGCGGACACCGUUCUCUGGAACUUCCUUCCCCUUAACUCCCUCAUCGCCCCCUCGGCUUUCUCUAACCCACCCAACCGCAUUAUCACCACAUUUACAAAUACCCGUUCCGAAGAACAAUUCUAUCUCAUUUCAGCCCUUUGCGAGAUUGCCGGAGCUGAAGCCCUUGGUCUAAUGCGACAGUCACUGGACGAGCUGUUUAUUGCCGAUGAAAAGGCCCUUCGCAGAGUCACCAUCUAUCUCAAAAAACUUGCGGAUCAAAUUGAUCGCAUCAGUGAUAUUACCAUGACGCUCAUGAAUGAAGUAGAUCCAGAGGAGUUCUAUCACCUCAUCCGUCCUUGGUUCCGCGGUGGCGAUGCGGAUGGGCCUGGAAGUGUUGGUUGGGAUUAUCUUGGACUCGCUGCGGACAACGCCAACGUUGUCGCAGGCACUCACGAGGCGGAGAGCGCCAGUACGGAAGGUCGCAGGGGUAAACUUUUUUCGGGUCCCAGUGCCGGACAGAGUUCUCUCAUUCACGCCAUUGACAUUUUCCUCACCGUUGAUCACUCUCCGACUGAAGAAGAGAGAAGAGAAGCUAUGGAAGCUGCCGAGAAUCGUCCAGAGCAGAGCGGAGUAUUCAUUAAGAUGAAUUCUUCUCCUGUGAAUGCUUCAACAGCACCUUCCGCCUCCAAACCUCACGGUCACAGCCAUGGCUCAAUCGCGCCCCCAGUCUCCAACUCCAAUCCUUCGGCCGCGGCCCCAAAGUCAGAAGCCACUUUCUUGCAGCGAAUGCUCGCAUACAUGCCUCUCCCUCACCGCUCCUUUUUGAUCCACCUUUCAACCCAUCCUACUCCUCUUCGGCCUCUCGUGCUGCACUUCGCGGCUUCUCACCCUACACUGGUACAAGCCUAUGAUGGGGCGCUAGAAUCUCUUCGUCGUUUCAGAGAAAGACACAUGCGGGUAGUAAGCAAGUUCAUUGUGCAGCAAGCGCGGAGGAAACCCGGGGAGAGGAUUAGGAGGUUGACCGGCAUGGAGAUGGAGGAUGAUGAAGACGAGAGUACAAUGGCGAAUGCGGGAGAGUUGAGAGGUACAGGUGGAACGGCGUUAUUUAAGUUCCUGAAACGGUGUAGGGAUAACACUACAAAAGCCAUGUUGCAACCUACUGGAGCUGGUUACGAAUUGAAAUGAAGGAAGGAUUGGCGUCGUUGUCGCUAGUGGAGCCGAUUCAGCGAGAAUCCUGUCAAAAUGUUUGGAUUUGUGUACCUAUUAAUUUGUAAGCUAUUAUUAUCAGUAGUAGCACAGUCUUUGAAAAUUAUAGAAUAUUAGAAAGUAGUAGCACAUGAUGUAUGAAUCAGAUGAAUCAGA